GGCUGGGUGCGAUUUAAGGGAUACUGCUAUCUUGUCAGUAGCUCCAUCAAGACUUGGAAAAAUGCCCAAGCGUACUGCAAAGGACUGGGAGGAAAUCUGGUGAAAAUAAACAGCAAGGAAGAAAACGAGUUUGUACUAAACCUCGUAAACAAGCUCGCCCCAUCGCUGAAGCAGAUUUGGAUCGGACUCGAGUGGGAUUCUCAACUAAAGGCCUUCGUGUGGUACGAUCAUUCAGUUCCUACCUUCACCAAAUGGGCCCCAAAUGAACCAAAUUCAAAUGGUGUGGAGCCUUGUAGCAACAUGUGG